CAUGGUCCAUUCCAUGUAUUGCUGUAGAGACACAUGGAGGGCCUGACUUCUCUCUAACACAAGCUUUAGGAGAUGUCUCUCAACAAGGAUAUGCCCAGAUUGUGGCCCUCCGGGAGGAACAACAAGUGCUCAGCUCUCUCCAGUUGAAUCUCUCCUUACCUGCUAACACACUGACCAGUAACAUUUUAAAACUCCAGGAACACUGUAAUUGUUGCUGCUUACAUUAUAUACAUUUUCCAUGCAACAUUAAUAUCGGAACAUUUGUUUUAACACUCAGUGAAAAACAAUGUUGUUUUCAUCUGCUACCAGGCCAUAUUAUCAGACAUUGAGAAGAAAGGCAAAGAAGCUGAAGUGGAGUUAAAAUCCAACGUGAGGCAGAUUCUCAUCCUGGAGGGUGAGAUGGAACAACUGCAGCGACACAUGCAAGACCUGGGCUUGCGUUCCGUCACCGUCUACAACGAAAACACAGAGCUACGACUGCUGAUGAAGGAAGAGGAGGACAACUUUAGCCGCGUGCUGGCCGGUUACAACACCUACCGGAACAAGAUGGAGGGCCACCGGACAGCUGUCUUGCAAGUGGAGAGCCAGACGAGGGCUCACAGGGAGGAGAGAGGAGCUGAGGACCGACCUGGAGAACCCAGAGGGGAACGCUGUGAAGCAGGCACAGAAAGAGAUGGAUGACAUGAGGUGGCAGAUCUCAGCCCGGAGGAAGAUGGUGACUGAGAGAAGAGAGCUCAUCCUGAAGGAGUUUGAGAGUCACACACUGAUCAAGAAGCAUAUCGAGAUCCAGAACAGACGGUACGAUGCCAUCGUGAAGCGUCUCCACUGCCAACUGAUGAAGGCCCAGUCCGGCCACAGGCAGUUGUCUGAUGAUAUCUACCACAUGGAGAGAGAGAUCCAGGACCUCAAGAGACACCUCGAGGUGCCAUAAAUUAGCAUUCUGGUUCAUAAAACUCUACGUUUUGCAGUAUGACCUAAGGCUAGGAGUUUUCCCAAGCCAAGACAUACUUCAGGCACUAGUGUAGGUCUGUGCAUGACAGUUUUGUUGCUGUUCAUUUUACAUUUGACAUUUUUCUCUCUCAUAGUUUUUUCAGUGAAAGUGAUGAAUUGGAAAGCCAUUAAUUAAACAAAAACAUGUUUUUACAGAAAACUGUCUUUCCCUCCCCAUUACAAAUAACUUGGGUUUCCCCCUGAAUUUAGAGAUAAAACUGUGACACUCACUGGCCAGCAGAGGGCAAUGGUUUCAACCAAGAAAUAGCAACUAUUCCUGUGUUACUGUAUACAAG